AUGCCUGGAAAUCUGUUGAAUGCACUAAUGGAAAAUGAUACAUCGACAAAUUAUACCUUACCUGUGCCGCCUCUGACCGACUCCAUGCUCGUACCAUUUGGAAUCCUUAUGGUGGUAGAAAAUGUUAUUUCUAUCGGCUUGCUGUAUAUCUGUACCCGACUAAGCUUCCAAAUUCGAAUCAUGUCUCUUAAUUUGGCUCUGUCUGAUUUUCUGACGGGGAUUUUCCUCAGCAUACCCAACACCAUGCUUUAUGAGAGGUACCACUGCGACAUCAAGAAGUACCCAAGCUUUCUCUUCAUCACAGUAUCGCUGUUUAUCGUCACUAUGAUGAAUGUGGAUCGUUGCUUUGUUUUUGUUUUAGCAAUGCGAUACUACUCCUUCAUAAAUAAGAAACUGAUCAUAAAACUUUCCGUUGCAUUAUGGGUAAUUGGUCUUUUCGUAACUUACGGCCUGUUCUUCGAUGUAAAUGACGAAUACGGGAUAUCUUGCAUCAUGAUGUCCGGUGUGAAGAGGAAUAUUGUAACAUUUACUUGUAAGAGUAUACUUAUAAUCAUCGUGGCCUUUAAUCUCGUCAUGUUUGUUUACUUGAUUGUCCAAAUUCGGCGUAAGGUAGGUCGAUCCUCUGACAACAAAGAUCCUACCCAGUCUACCAUGUUUGCCCGAGAGCAAACAAGAAUUGCCAGGAAAAUAUCCAUAAUCAUUGGCGUAUUCUUAAUGGCAUUUUUUCCUUUUAUGAUCAUCUAUACUUUACCAUUCGAUUCCGACUCGGCAUUUUUCAAAACAUCUUACAUCAUUGUUUCCAUGAUGUUACUUUUCAACAGCGCCUGCAAUCCCGUCUUUUAUGUUUGGAGAUUCACCGAGCCGCGGUACCAUCUUUAA